AAAGAGCGGGGGAAUUGCUGAAGCCGAGAUUGAGGGGAGGCACUGGCUUUUUUCACGGGCUGUACCCGGUGUUUUUCGGGUAGCAUGGUAUGGGAACGGGAAGUAUCCGUGAAACACUAUCCGCAUUUGGUUUAGAGGAUCGUUGGGUGAGAGUCUACCCGGGAGUUAAAAUCGGCUCAUGGGAUAUUUUAUGUUGAAGGGCCCAGAUGUCAUGAAAGGUCUCGUUGGAUGAUUAAUAGCAUUGAGGGAUAUUUUCCAGUCCCUCAAAGUCCAAAUUAAUUAUGCUCAAGACACCAUAUCGUGCCCUGCCAGGGUAUCUCAGAAGACCUGCACCGCGUUCUGCAGUGGGGCUAUCUGCACGACGUCCUUUUCACAACACUAGCUUUGAGAGAAACAACACAUCUGAGACCAAGCGUCAUAGUCGGACACAAGAACAGCGAAACAAUCCAGUAUUCCUCGCCUCGGCAUUGUCUGCAACAGCAACUACUAUUGGAGGAACAUUGUUGUACACAAUAGUUAGCCAUGAGAAGGAGAAAGAUGGUGAAUCCCAAUACGCAAACCGAGAUGAAAUGGAAUCAGCAGUUGAAGAGAUAAGAAAAGCACUCGGAGAAGAUGCUGUCAGUAUAGAAGAUGAGAUACUCCAUUCUCACGGCUACUCAGAUUGGUCAACGAUAAAUAUCGACCGGUUACCAGUCGCUGUCACUUUUCCCAAGACGACGGAAGAGGUUGCCACUAUUGCAAAAAUUUGCCAUAAGAGGCGCGUUCCGAUGAUUCCCUAUUCUGGAGGAUCCAGUGUCGAGGGCCAUUUCUCAGCGCCAUUUGGCGGCGUGAGUGUUGAUUUCGUCAAUAUGAACCAGAUUUUGGAAAUGCACAGCGACGACCUCAAUGUCGUCGUUCAGCCAUCUGUACCAUGGAUGGAUCUGAACGAGAAGAUUAAAGAAAGCGGUCUCUUCUUCCCCAUCGAUCCAGGCCCGUCCGCCCAAAUUGGUGGCAUGGUUGGAACAAACUGCAGCGGAACCAACGCAGUCAAGUACGGUACCAUGAAAGACUGGGUAGUGAACCUCACCCUGGUAUUGAGCGACGGCACCAUCCUCAAAACCCGACGACGACCAAGAAAGUCAUCGGCAGGUUACAACCUCAACUCACUCUUCGUAGGAUCAGAAGGCACCUUGGGUUUUGUCACCGAAGCGACACUCAAGCUUGCUCCUAUCCCUGAGCAUACUGGCAUCGCAGUAGUCACAUUUCCCUCGAUCAAAGCUGCAGCAACCAUGGCCAUAGAAGUCAUCCGACGAGGUGUACCAAUCAGCGCUGUUGAGAUCCUCGAUGAAGUACUCAUGAGCGUCAUAAACAGAAUGGGUGCAACGUCUCGGAAAUGGAAUGAAGUGCCAACACUAUUCUUCAAGUUCAGUGGAAGUGAUGUUAUAGUCAAGGAUAGCAUUACACAGGUUCAAAGAAUUUCGAAGAAGCAUCAGGCAAAUGGCUUCCAAUACGAGAGUGAUCCGGAGAAGCAGAAAGCUCUGUGGUCUGCUCGGAAAGAGGCAUUAUGGAGUAUGAUGGCACUACGUGAGACAGAUGGACACGUUUGGUCCACUGAUGUCGCCGUUCCUCUGUCCCGAGUUUCCGAGCUCAUAGAUAUAUCCAAGAAGGACCUUGUCAAGCUCGGUUUAUUUGGCAGUAUUCUCGGACACAUCGGCGACGGCAACUUCCACGAGACAAUCCUGUUUGAGGAAAAGCAGCGCAAAGAGGUUGAGGACUGCGUCCACAAAAUGGUCUCACGGGCCAUUGAGAUGGAGGGAACAUGCACGGGAGAGCAUGGGGUUGGACUCGGAAAGAAGGACUUUCUUCGGGAAGAAGUUGGCGAGGUACCUAUUCAAGUCAUGAGAGCCAUCAAGACAAGUCUGGAUCCGCUUUGGUUGAUGAAUCCAGGAAAGAUCUUUGAUCGCAGAGACUAAGCGACUCGACAAUAGACAAAACCCAUGAUUAUCUGAUCUAUGUGCUACGCUUUGUCGGAUAAUCGGCGACACAAUAAGCGGCGAUGCCGGGCGUGUGACGAUCAUCAGGUCUCAGCCAUAAGCGGCGAUCAGUAAGCGGCGUUUCCGGUGCCUAUCUGAUAAACUUGUUCGUUACAUUUUCUGUUUCUGGCGAGCUUUUGCGUUGCAUCGCUUACGGUGAUCCCCUAAACCGAGCGGCCCGCAGCGGGUAAAGUAGAGUUAUUACUCCGUAG